UCUCGUGCCUGCGGUGGGCGGGGUCGCCGGUUCAGGCGCUCGGCGGGCGCGUGCUGCCAUUAACACCUGGUGAUGGCCGUUGAUCACUUAAGUGACACCAUCGUUACUUUUUUUAAAUGUAGAGACCGGAUUAAAAAAAACAAAACAAAACAAAAACAAAACAAAACAAAACAAAAAAAAAGUCAACGCCUCUGGUUUUGUUUAUUUGUUUGUUUGUUUUUUAAACUCGUUUCAGUGUGGACGAAAACAAAGAUAAGCCGGCGGAAGAAGAUAUAUUUCGACGCCGUCUGGGGACCGGGGACGUUAUGAAAACUGUAAAGGGCGAUGGAGAGGUGACCGGGGUCUCAGUAAAUCGAUUUACUGGAGAGGCGCCUCCCUCUGGGAUGUCCAAGAAUGGAUACUUCUUUCAAGAAAUGGCGGGAGGCGGAGCAGGAGGAGGGCAGCGAGGGCCGAGAGGAGGGACAGGACUCGCCUAUCGCCUGCGGAGAUGACAUCCACCUCUAUGACAACCAGAUCAGCCCUGGGCCAGAUACUGAUGACUCCGGUUGUGUGUUGCUGAACACCUCAAGAAGGUAUGUGAAGCUGAUGAACUUUGAGGAGGAGAUUCGGGCACACCGGGACCUGGAUGGUUUCUUGGCAAGGGCCAGUAUCCUGCUAGAUGAGACGGCUGCCUCCCUGGACGAUGUUCUGAAGAGAAUGUUGCACCAUGUGGGUCAGGACAGCCAUGUAUCCGAGCCCAGCUGCAACUUCGAGGAGGUGAUGAGCAUGCUUUUCACAGAUGCAGGCGCUCAGGAGGUCAACGUUCACCUGCUGUCAGAGACCAUCCAGGGGGUGACAGCCACCGCCACCGGGGUCCAGUACCAACAGUCCUGGCUCUGCAUCCUCUGCAACGUGAAGCAUCUCCAGAGGCGUCACGUGUGCAUCUCCCGCCUGGAGAGGCCGCAAAACUGGGGAGAGAACUGCUGCGAGGUCCGCUAUGUCAUCCUGAUACUGGCUCCACUCAAAAUGAAAAGCACCAAGACAGCGAUGGAGCUGGGCAGGACGUUUGCCACCCUCUUCUCCGACAUCUCCUUCAGGCAGAAGCUGCUGGAGACGAAGACGCAGGAGGAGUUUAAGGAGGCGCUGGUGUUCCAGAGGCACCAGUUGACAGCAGCCAACCAGCAGCCCACCGCUCUGGGGAAGGAGGAGACCGACCCCCGCAGUCACAAACCCCUCAAGUGUAAAGAUUUCUUCAAAGCCGGGCGGGGGAUUUAUGAGGACUUGUGCCGCAGGCUGCCUUUCUACCCCUCUGACUUCACAGAUGGUAUAGUUGGCAGUAAUAAAACCCUGCUGAAGUACAUGACCACAGCCAUCUUCCUCUACAUUGCCAUCCUCCUCCCAGCCAUCGCUUUCGGCUCCCUCAACGAUGAGAGCACACGUGGCGAGAUCGAUGUUCGGAAGACCAUCAUUGGCCAGAGCAUCGGUGGGGUCAUCUACUCGUUGUUUGCCGGCUCUCCCUUAGUCAUCCCUCUAACCACAGCUCCCCUUGCCAUCUUCAUCAGCGUGAUCCGAGGAAUCUGUGAUGACUACAACCUUGACUUCCCAGCUUUCUAUGCCUGCAUCGGUCUGUGGAACUGCCUCUUCCUCAUCCUGGGAGGGAUCUUCAAUGUCAGCCUGCUCAUGAAGCUCUUCAAAAGGUCGACAGAGGAGGUCAUUGCCCUGUUCAUUUCCAUCGCAUUUGUGGUCGAUGCAGUGAAAGGCACAGUGAAAAUCUUUCACAGAUACUACCAUGCCCCGACGCUGGCUAAUGGAAGCAAAGAGGACUUCCCUCUGGGCGGAGACUUGUUGGGAGGAAACAGGAGUGAAGUGGCGGCAGGGUUGGCACUCAAUGUCCUCCCUGAAUCCUUCAUCCAGUGCACUCGAGAGAGGCCUGUCCUCUGCCUCCUGCUGAUGCUCGGGACAUUAUGGAUGGGCUACACCCUCUACCAGUUCAAAAGGAGUCCGUUCCUGCAUGCCAAAGUGAGGGAGGUGCUGUCGGACUGCGCCCUGCCGAUCUCAGUGCUCCUGUUCUCCUUCAUCGGCUCCUACCUUUUCAGUGACAUUGAGCUUCCAGUCUUUAAAGUUCACGACCGGCCCAUCUUCAACGUGGCUCCGUUUGAGCGGCUGUCGGCGAUGAACGUUGUCAGCGCCAUGGGCCUCGGCUUCCUCCUGGCCCUCCUCAUCUUCAUCGACCAGAACAUUGUCGUCUCGCUGACCAACGCACCAGAGAACAGGUUGCUGAAGGGCACGGCGUAUCACUGGGACCUGAUGCUCUCUGGGCUCAUAAACAUCCUGAUGUCGGUGCUGGGGUUGCCCUGGAUGCACGCCGCCUUCCCCCACUCCACCCUCCACGUGCGCCAGCUGGCUUUCGUGGAGCAGCGGGUGGAGGGGGGGCAUCUCUACGAGACCAUUGUCCAGGUGAAGGAGACCCGGCUGACGUCUCUGGCUGCCAACAUCUUCAUCGGCGUGUCGGUGCUGCUGCUGCCCGUCCCGCUGCAGUGGAUCCCCAAACCCGUCCUGUACGGCCUGUUCCUCUACAUCGCCCUCACCUCCAUCGACGGAAACCAGAUGUGCGAUCGCAUGGCUCUCCUCCUCAAGGAGCAGACGUCUUACCCACCUACCCACUACAUCCGCAAAGUGCCCCAGAGGAAGAUCCACUACUUCACCUUCCUGCAGAUGAUGCAGCUGCUGGUGCUGUGUACGUUUGGCAUGUACCCGAUACCGUACAUGAAGAUGAUCUUCCCUCUGCUCAUGAUCCUGCUAAUCCCAAUCAGGAACAACGUGCUUCCUCAUAUCAUUGAGGCCAAAUACUUGGACAUAAUGGAUGCCCAACACAUGUAGCUACAGAUGGAGACGAGCUCUGGAACCACAAAAGGACACCUGGAAUUAAAAAAAAGAAGAAAAAAAAAGAAAUGAGAAUUUAAAAAAACAACAACAUAUUUUUCAAUGCAAAACUGUAUGGAAGCAAAAAGGAGAAAUAUUGACUGUUUUGAUUUUUGUAUCUGAUAAGAACAUUCUUACAGGUGAAGCACUGGAAAUGUGGGAAGUGGUGUGAGGAAGAGAGAUGUGAGCCGUGAGAAAUAUUUUCCAAAAGUGGACAGACAGCAUCUCUCUGGGGAUAAGUUCUGCUGAAAAAAAAAAAAAACCACAGGACUGUCCAGAACUCCCUGUUCCACCUCCGUUUGACCCUGUCAGAUCGUACAGUGCCAUACACCUCCAUGUUCUCCUCCCACAUCUUUACUUUGUAUGUUAACACUUUUCAAUAUCCUUACUGCAGUGUAUGCGUCUUUGUUUUAACCAGUGGGUGAGUUUUUAAAGUACUUACUAAUACUGUGUAAGUAAUAAAAACUCCGCCAGCGUACACUGUAUAGUACUUAUGGCACAAUGUAAGUAUGAAACAAUAUCUCUUUUUGACACUUUGCCCUGACACUGUGUUUUUACACUGUCAUGUUAGUAAAUCUUAUAUACUUACACCAUGUUGAUAAGUACUUAAACACUUUUCCAUUUGUGAAUUAACUGGUAAGGACGCUGCAUUUAGGCCACUGUAAAGUAACUCUUAACCUUUUGUAUUUUUGUCACCGUGCAGUGUUAAGACCUUUACAUUCCUGCACCACGUAGCCGCGAUUCUCCCCUUUUUUCUGUGAAGGACACUUGUGCCCGGACAUACUUAGUUUCUGAGUCAUUCCAGCAAAUGUCAAUGUUCAUUAAGGAGAAGAAAAAGGUGUGUGUGUGUGUGUGUGUGUGUUUGCGUGCGUGCGCGUGUGUGUCAUUGGCACAUUCCUAAUCUGUCUUUCACCUAGCUUCCUGCCAGCUCUUUAGAAAACCUAAUUUUUAAGGUGGAAUUUAAACGCUCAACGGAAUAGAAAAUACAUUCCAGAGGUAUAUAUUAAAUGUAAUUAUUUAGAACGACAGCACAAACCAAAACAUAUAGUGAAAUCUUUAUCAAAUUAUGAAUAUAUUGAAAAAUAUUAUGGCAAUAUACAAAAAAUAUUUUAGGUUAAAUUGAAAUAGAAUAUUUAUUUAUCAUAAUGACAUUUUAUCUUUUAAGGACAAAAUGCUAAUUUUGUGUGUUUACCCCAAACUGGAAAGUAAUUCUCUGUUUGCUCCUUUGCAUUCCACAGUUACUUGUGUUUUGAGUGUCGUGUCUCUUACAUCUGACUUUGCCGCAGUGUUUACAUAUCAAAGCCCCUUCCAGCUCCAUGUCCAAGUCCUACACAGUUCUGGUGCAUUGCUAGUAUAGAGGACAGUCAGGUAAGGUUAAAAAAUACAAUAUAAAAAAAACAAAAAAAAAACAGCUGUGGGCUUUGGAUUGAACAAAAUGCAUCCCUUUUUUAUUUUUCUUUUUGUGAACAAGUGUUCAAAGAUGAGUUUUAGAAUAAUCUGGUCUUGUUUUCUAUUUAGAUGUUAUGAUUAGAUCAAUGCUUGCAAACGUUGUCAUGUAAUAAUCCAGAUGUCUGGAAAGGUUAUCUUGUUAUCUACAGUACAAAAAGAAAAAAAAAGAAAAAUUUCUAAGCACCGGUUUGCUUAAAGCAUGUCUUAUCUGGGUUUUUUGAUACAGUGUGAUGCCAAUGGACACGUAUCCUACACAAGAAAAAAAAAGUAGCAAGUCGAACCGUAACUUCUCAAUAAACUGAAUGCAAUGCUCAAUAUUCAGCAAUACUGUGUAUAAAACAGAACUUCACUGGUGAGAUUCGGGUUUCCCAGCGACGGCUGACCCAUCAGUGAAGCAACGACAGGCCAGCUGUAUUUUUAAGACAGCAACUUUUCAGUCCAUCCUCAUGGUACAAAAACUGCUCUGUGCUGAUUCAAUUACUGCACGCAAAGAGAGAGAGAGAGAGAGAGAGAGAAGAAGUUUGCCUGUCAACCAGGCACUCUCAGUGCCGGAUUUUAUUACGGUUUAGUUGCUUUCCCAAUAUCCAAAUGGCAGCUCCCUCAUGCAGUUCUGUUCAACUUUGUCUUGCAGUUACAGAGAAAGAUGUCCAAUUUAAGCAGAUGUCUCAUGUCGAGAUAGCGAGGCAUGAAAGGAAAGCUCGGGAGCAUUUGCAUAAUCCUCGGACUAAGCCUUAAGACAGCACUGGUGAGAGGAGAGAGAGAUUGCGAGUUACGAAGUAAUAUGUACAGUUUGCAAUGCAAAGUUAAGUUUUUAUCAACUAUCCAUUAUAAUCCAUGGCAAGGUAUUAGUUUCUAACUUUGGACCGAGUACAGAGAUUAAACCAUUCUUCGUAUGUGACAGUAUUGUUGUUCCUUGAUAUCUUCUCUGUACUGAUGAUUUUUGGAAUAGCAGCAAACUUCUCUCAGAGGACUAAACAUUGGAUUCAGAGUGGAAGACAUACUACACUGUUUGUGAAACCUGGACUCCCCUCCCCCUAUUUGGAUUCGUUUGAAAUUGCGUACUGUGGUGUUUUGUUUUUUGUUUACUUUCUUUCUUUUCUUUUCCUGAUUUCAUAUAGCCUACUUUUUCUAAUCAUGAAUGUAAGAUGUGUGGAUUUUUAUAUAGCAUACUAAUUUAGGUGUCGAACAGAAUCUGCAAUUUUGUGAAAAAGAUCAGCUAUAUUUGUAAGCUGUAAUAUGUAAAAAUGAGAAAAAAAUGGUUAUCAAACAAAAUGUGUUGGUUUACUAUAGUAUAUAUAUAUACUGUACACUGAAAAAGAGACUAUCUCAAGCUGUUUGCCAAAUAAAAAAGUAGUAGUGAUGUAAA